CACUCGCUGUUUGGAAGAGAAAAUAUUGAAGUCAUGAGUACAGCCCGAAUGGAAAAUCCAGUGAUUCUGGGACUGUCGAAUCAAAAUGGCCAAAUACGAGGCUCUGUGAAGCCAGCAGAUGGUCCUGGUGGAGGGGGGUCCCAAACAACUCAGCCAGCCCAGGUCAAACCCUCCAGCACAGUCAACAACGGCAACUCCCAGCCUGCAUCCACAGCCAACACCAUCAUCAAGCCUGGGGAUGACUGGAAGAAAAAUCUAAAGCUUCCUCCCAAGGAUUUGCGCAUGAGAACUUCAGAUGUGACGGCAACCAAGGGAAAUGAGUUUGAGGAUUAUUGCCUGAAACGGGAGCUGCUUAUGGGCAUCUUUGAAAUGGGCUGGGAGAAACCGUCACCCAUACAGGAGGAGAGCAUUCCCAUUGCGUUGUCUGGCAGGGACAUUCUGGCCAGAGCCAAGAACGGCACAGGAAAAAGUGGCGCCUACCUCAUUCCCUUACUUGAACGCAUUGACCUGAAGAAAGACAGCAUACAAGCAUUGGGUAUUGUGCCCACUAGAGAACUGGCUCUACAGGUGAGCCAGAUAUGUAUUCAGGUCAGCAAACACAUGGGUGGGGUCAAGGUCAUGGCAACAACAGGUGGAACCAACCUCCGUGAUGACAUCAUGAGACUUGAUGAAACAGUGCAUGUUGUCAUCGCAACUCCAGGAAGAAUAUUAGACCUCAUCAAAAAGGGAGUGGCCAAAGUCAAUCAAGUACAGAUGAUCGUGUUGGAUGAGGCAGAUAAGCUCCUGUCACAGGACUUUGUACAGAUGAUGGAGGAGAUUUUGAGCUGUUUGCCCAAACAAAGGCAAAUUUUGCUGUAUUCUGCUACCUUCCCACUGAGUGUGCAGAAGUUCAUGAACGCCCAUCUGCAGAAGCCCUAUGAGAUAAAUUUGAUGGAUGAGUUGACCCUGAAGGGGGUUACUCAGUAUUACGCCUAUGUAACUGAAAGGCAGAAAGUCCAUUGCCUUAAUACUCUCUUCUCCAGGCUCCAGAUCAAUCAGUCUAUAAUCUUCUGCAAUUCAUCACAGCGAGUGGAGCUCCUGGCAAAGAAGAUCUCUCAGCUUGGAUACUCCUGUUUCUACAUUCACGCCAAGAUGAGACAGGAACACCGAAACCGUGUGUUCCAUGAUUUCAGAAAUGGCUUGUGUCGAAAUCUUGUCUGUACUGAUCUCUUCACAAGAGGAAUUGAUAUACAAGCUGUGAAUGUGGUGAUCAACUUUGAUUUCCCUAAACUUGGGGAGACAUACCUCCAUCGCAUUGGCAGAUCUGGCCGAUUUGGACACUUGGGUCUCGCCAUUAACUUGAUCACUUACGAUGAUCGCUUUAAUCUGAAAGGUAUUGAAGAACAGCUGGGUACCGAAAUUAAGCCCAUUCCCAGCAGCAUUGAUAAGAGUCUAUAUGUGGCCGAGUACCACAGUGAGAGUGGAGAGGAGGUUAAAAUGUGAGCAUGAGAGAUCACCAAUCCUUUGACCCCUAUCCCCACCUUUUUUUAUCUUCCCUGUGUCUAGGGAAUUGGGGAAUUU